AUGAUCACUUCGUCUGAAUGUGAAGAGAAUAGCCCCUUGAUUCAAACAUUGUUUCCAGCUAGAGGCACAUAUUCAUCUCGACCCCAAUCGAUUUUACGAAGGAGAUCAAUAUGGCAAGAAGACCUCGUUGUCAUUGAGGGUUGGCAAGUCCAGCUUCAAGGUCCUGGGACUUCCCGAGCUUCGUCCAGUAGCACUUUCUCUGUUUCUGUUUCUCCAGCACCUACAUUCUCCGAGGAGAAAAAAAAAAAACCAUAUGGCCUCUCUGCCAUCAUGUUCAAGCACUGUGCGGGAACAAGUGAAUUUGAUUCAUCGCCCUGGGACCUGAACAUAUGCCGCGAAGCUACGGUAUACGGCUUCGACAUGCACCCGCGCAAAUUCUCGCAGCGGUUCUCUCUCUACCUUCGAGACAACGUCAAGACAACGCGUACAAUCGACUUUGCGCCAUCGCCCUAUUCGUACGAGCUACUGGGUCGCAUGCGCCGCCAUUGA